GGAGGGCCGGCUUGAAAGGAAAAGGCUGAAGUCAGCUUUUGUAAGAGAUAUUGGUGCAAGCUUCAUUGAAUAUUUGCAAUUUUUUUUUGGUUCCCUUGAUGGAGUUUGCACUCUCGUCCUAAACAUUUGCUGAAUAAACAGUCUGCGGCUGGGGUAGUUUAACCACUGGUGUGUGGGUUCUGUUUGAAGGCCCGCUAUGGAGAUCCUCGGUACUCGUCUCAUUUCCCCCUGUCUGCUCCGUGCCGCCUCCACCGGCGCUUUCCAACUCAAGGAGCCGCUGAAUUACCGGCACGGAGGCCGGGUGCAGCCGGCCGGAGGGGACGGGGACAGCAGGGUUGAGAAGGUGUACGAGCCCGCCACAGGGCGUGUGAUAUGUGACUUUGUUUGUUCAAACCAAAAGGAAGUCGAUCUAGCAGUGCAGAGCGCGAAGGAAGCAUACAGAUACUGGAGUCAACUGUCUGGGUUGGAAAGAGGUCGCAUCUUACUUGAGGCUGCAAGGCUUAUAAGAGAACAGAGAGAAGAUAUUGCAAUUGUAGAAUCCAUUAAUACUGGAAAACCCAUCACUGAGUCCAGAGUUGAUGUGGACACUGCAUGGCAGGCUGUGGAAUAUUACGCUGGCAUUGCUGGGACUCUGGCUGGCCAACACAUUCAGCUGUCUGGAGGAUCAUUUGCUUACACAAGGAGAGAGCCCCUUGGAGUGUGUGUGGGAAUUGGGGCUUGGAACUACCCAUUCCAGAUAGCCUGCUGGAAGUCAGCUCCAGCACUGGCUUGUGGAAAUGCCAUGAUUUUCAAACCUUCACCUUUGACCCCUCUGACUGCCGUGAUGCUCGCAGAGAUCUACACACAAGCUGGGGCCCCGAAUGGGUUGUUCAAUGUGCUUCAAGGGGCUGUAGAGACUGGAAAUCUCUUAUGUAAACACAGAGGUGUGGCAAAGGUUUCUUUCACUGGUAGCGUGCCUACUGGAAUCAAGAUCAUGGAAACUGCAGCAAAAAACGUCAAGCAUGUUACUCUUGAACUUGGAGGGAAAUCUCCACUUGUCAUUUUCUCUGAUUGCGAUUUGGAGAAUGCAGUGAGAGGUGCAAUGCUGGCGAACUUCCUCAGUCAGGGAGAGGUGUGCAGUAAUGGUACCAGGGUGUUUGUACAGAAAGACGUAAUGUCAAAAUUUGUGGAAAAAGUGGUGGCAAAGACAAAAGCAAUAAAAGUAGGAGAUCCACUACUCGAAGAUACUCAAAUGGGAGGGCUCAUCAGUCGCCCACACUUGGACCGAGUGUUAUCUUAUGUGAAGCAAGCCGAGGAACAGGGUGCAACUGUACUUUGUGGUGGAGAUCGUUUUGUUCCUAAUGAUCCGAAAUUGAAAGAUGGAUAUUUCAUGAAACCAUGUAUUCUAGGAAAUUGCAACGAUGAGAUGACCUGUGUUAAGGAGGAGAUAUUUGGGCCUGUCAUGUCAGUGCUGGCAUUCGAUACAGAGGAGGAGGCUAUAGAGAGAGCAAAUAACACCGACCUUGGUUUGGCAGCUGGAGUGUUCACCAGAGAUCUGACUCGAGCUCAUCGGAUGGCAGCUGCUCUUGAGGCAGGGACGUGUUUUAUAAACAACUACAAUGUCUCUCCCAUUGAAAUACCUUUUGGAGGAUAUAAAAUGGCAGGGUUUGGAAAAGAAAAUGGAACAGUGACGAUUGAAUAUUAUACACAACUGAAAAGCGUUUAUGUGGAAAUGGGAGAUCCAGAAUGUUCUUUCUAAACUCCAAUACUGUUCAUGCCUAAAUGCGAUCCAUUGUUUCAGGUUAGUUUGUAACAGCGAUUGGACAUUUGAAUCCGAAAACUGUCCAUUGCUAUUCUGUAAUCCGAAAGCUCACUGUCACCAUUGACUGUCUGUAAAAUUAUUUUUGUUAUUCUGACCUUCAUUAAAAUUGGAUUGCCCUGCUUCUUAAUAAAAUCAUAGAAAUGG